UACCCGGAAGUAAAAAUGGAUUUACCAUGGGUGAGCAGUGCACUGAGCACUACAGAUUAAAACGGGCUUCCAGAUAGUGUUGUGAUUUUACAAUAUUUAAAAUAGUAAAGUAGUGUUUUCUUUUGAGUUUAUUUUUCAUGGAGAAGAAGACUUGUGUUGUGAACACUUUUCUUUCUCAUCGAGGCCUUUCAUGAAGCUCCUUGUUUUGACUGCAGUGAGAGCGGCUAACUACCCUGACUCUGAUUCCAGUUUUUCAUUCUGAACAGGUAGUGGGACUUGUCUGAUGGAGUUGAAGGAGAAGUAAGGAGAACAAGAGGGAAGAGAUGAUUCCUCUCUGCGUAUCAUCAGUUGCUGCUUCAACAUUGCUGAAUAAAAACUGAAGAGAGAGCCUCAUUCAGCAGAGAGUGAAGCUGUUUGUAAAGCACUAGAAAUGGCUUUCUUGGACAAUCCAGCCAUCAUUCUAGCCCACAUCAGACAGUCCCACGUGACCAGCGAUGAUACGGGAAUGUGUGAGAUGGUAUUAAUAGACCAGGAUGUGGAUCUGGAGAAGUGCCAGCUCACUCUGGUGCCUGGCAGCAGCUGUGGAUCUUCUGGUUCAAACUCUCUCAGUGAAAACAGCAGUGGCAUGGUGGACGGUCAUACGUGCGAGCUGUCUCAGUCCAUGGACAUCACCUCCAGCUGGGACUUUGGCAUUCGUCGGCGCUCCAACACAGGUGAGCUCGUGUCCAGGCUCUGGCGUGUUUGUAGGUGUACAGUUCCUCAGAGGUUUGGAGGGGUCUAAUCUGGACUAAUGUGGGUUUGGUUUGUUUUGUUUAAGGAAAUCAUGUUAUCAAAACAUGUUGCUGCUGCUACAAGAAUCAUGAUUGUCGAUGUGAAUUUAAUUGAUUGUUUUGUGGGAUGUGUGGGUGUGAGGCAGGUAGAACCGUGUUUGUGUGUGUGUUCGUGUGCCCUUUGCUUCUUUUCAUUUGAGGCUCCAGAACUGAGACUUGACAUAUCCCCUUAUAAAAUGUACAACACAUUAGCAUUACCACUAUCAUCAUGACGUUUCUGAUUGUUCAGUAUGACAUCACAACCUCCCUGUGUUGGUGAAGGCAACUGGACUUACUUGCUUCUUGAAGGCGUUUUGCUUCUUACCAGAGGAGCUUUGUCAAUUCUGACUGGACUAUGGGAGGGUCAAGCUCAUAGGCCAGUGGUACUCAUUAGGCGGGCUGGGUCUGUGGUUGUAGUUAUAGCCACUGUUCUAUGAGCAUAGCAGUUGACUUUUAUGACCACAGCUACUGUGCUACGGGCAGAGCACCGCACAGCCCCGGUGAACCAGUUUGAAGUACACUAAAGACAUUCAUUAAACAUCAAAUAUGAAGAAAGUUUCAAAUAUGAACACAUUUUGUAGUCAUUGUACUUAUAAACUGCCAAAACAAUCCUUCUCAGUUAAGUGUUAACCUAUCGCAAAACCUUUAAAGUAAAGGAGUCUGUCUGGGCAGUGGGUGCUGUCACAGCAAUUCAUAGCUAUGGCCAUUGACUCUUCUCGUAGCUACAGGAUAGCAGUCACAGCCAUUUGUGGCUACUGGCGCGCCCUCGUGGCUGUGGCUACAAUUGGAGCUCGGCCCUACUGCCUGUGUGGCCAACUGCCAAAGGACCCCAACAGACCUUUUUAUUAAUUUUUUUAUGUUUUGAGUUUGUUUUAUAUUUGAAGUUCAAUAAAUAUUAAGCAAUUAA